CGAGCCGCCGCCAGCGCAGCCGGGAUGCCGCGGGUGUACAUCGGCCGCCUGAGCUACCAGGCCCGCGAGCGCGAUGUGGAGCGCUUCUUUAAGGGCUACGGGAAGAUCCUGGAGGUGGAUCUGAAGAACGGUCUGUUAUGUUCUGAACCCACACAUGUUUUCGGAAGGACCAGAUGGCUGACACUGGCUAAUGGGAACCAAAAGACGAGUGAAAGUAACCUGAUUGUCACUUACCCCAGGCUUAGAGGUGCUUCACCCUGCCCCAAGAUCAAUUUAUUUUUUUCCUCUGGAGAUCUAUCCCACUGUAGAAAAAUAAACAAAAACACUUUAAUACAACCUGGCUUACCUGAGAUGAGAUUAUGGGUGAAGCAGCAACAUUUGUUGAAUAAGAAGAAUUGUACUCAGGAUUGUGGGAGAGAAGAAGGCAAUGUACCUUGUGGUUACAAACUUCGAUUUGAGAGACAGCUGGAGCUGGAUUUAAAUUCAGCUACACUGUUUUAAGAGCUUCUUGACACUGAGCAAAGUGGUUUAGCCUUUCCAAGCCUCAGCUUUCUUAUUUGUAAAAUGGGGAUAAUAGUAAUUAUACAUUCUUCACAUAUGAGAAAUGAAUGAAAUACUAUAAUUUUAUUUGUGCCAGGCAGCAUACAAUUAGCCUUUGUUAUUAUUAAAGAACUCAUAAUGAAAUGAGAAAAUAAACACAAUGAAGACUCAAAAGUUUACAAAACUCUGUCAUGUAGAAUAAAAAUGAAGGACUAGAGAAAGUGCUAAAAUGAUUGAAGUCAGGCAAGUUUCUGAGACUUCGUGAAAGAGAUGACUCAAGUAUAUUGAAGAUUGGUAUGAGUCACCUUGUUUAAUCAAGGCAUUCUGAAUUUAGAGAAUGUACAGAGGAGUCACUGGAGACCUCUGAGCAAAAGAACAUAGCAGCUGGCUUUCCCUACUAAAUGAAAACAGACACGUGGACACAAGUAGCUGUAUUCUAGAAUUAAUAGUUUUGAAGAAAGCCCUGAGCCCAGCAGAAUGAAAAAAAAGGUCUAGAACUGGGCAAUAGGGUGGGCACCCAAAGAGGAACAGUCAGGUGCUUUUAAGGUUGUUGCUAGUGAAUUAGGGGGUCCAGAAGAGAGAAAUCAUGAGGUAGGUUUUCUUCUUUGAAGGUGGGGAAAGCUCAAGUGCAGACUGAGCUGUGGCCAACGUUUGCAGACCAGGAAUCCACACUAGCUCUAAUCAGAGAGCUCUUGGUGUGCGGGAACUGCCAGUUUGCCGACGUGAAAAGAGCCCCAGACUGGGUACUGGUGAGCCCUGAAGUCGCACCCCAGCUCUGCCACUCAGUGAGCACGGCAACAUCCCUAAUCCUGACCAGCCAUGGAGAGGUUCGGUUCUUACAAGGAAAAUGAGUGAAUGUGGGAAUGGCUCACCACAUUGGGAAAACAAAACUCACAUCCUGCUGAUGGUUGGCUGAGGACUGUCAUGUCCACAUACAAAGAAAAGCAUGUGGCACAGUUUUAGGACAAAGAUAUGGUUUUGUGGAGUUUGAUGAUCUGCGUGAUGCAGAUGAUGCUGUUUAUGAACUGAAUGGCAAAGAUCUUUGUGGUGAGCGAGUAAUUGUUGAGCAUGCCCGAGGCCCACGUCGAGAUGGCAGUUACGGUUCUGGACGCAAUUUAACAAAGACCUCAGUGUUUUAAAUAAGAGAAUCCUUUGAGGCUAAGAUGACUGCCUGUUCCAUUUGCUGACCCUGGGUUACCUUUCCAUGCGUGGCUCUUUGAACCAUUGUGGCCCUUGGCUGACCAAAAACAGGAAGCCAUGUGACGACCGCAACCUUUUCCCAUUAGACCUGGGUGGUGGAUAUGGUUAUAGAAGAAGUGGCCGAGAUAAGUAUGGCCCUCCUACCCGCACAGAAUACAGACUUAUUGUGGAGAAUUUGUCGAGUCGAUGCAGCUGGCAAGACCUAAAGGACUACAUGCGUCAGGCAGGAGAAGUGACCUAUGCAGAUGCUCACAAGGGACGCAAAAAUGAAGGAGUGAUUGAAUUUGUGUCUUAUUCUGAUAUGAAAAGAGCUUUGGAAAAGUUAGACGGAACUGAAGUCAAUGGCAGAAAAAUCAGAUUAGUGGAAGACAAGCCGGGUUCUAGACGACGUCGGUCCUACUCCAGGAGCCGGAGUCAUUCAAGGUCUCGAUCUCGAAGUAGACAUUCUCGUAAGAGCAGAAGCCGAAGCGGCAGCAGCAAGAGCAGUCACUCUAAGAGUAGAUCCCGGUCCAGAUCUUCCCGGAGCAAGAGUCGGAGCCGCAGCCCCAGCCGCAGCCGGAGCAAGAAGGUGAAGAGCAGAAGCCCCAGCAAGGACAAGAGCCGCAGCCGCAGCCGCAGCGCAGACAAGGCCCGCGGCAAGGGGAAGGAGCCGGCCGAAGAGAAGGCCCAGAACAGCGACGACGUCGGCAAGCCCAAGAGCCGCAGUCCCAGCAGACUGAAGAGCAAGAGCAGGAGCAGGAGCAGGAGCCCGGAGCGGAGGGCGGAGGUGGAGAAACACGGGAGCAGGAGCAGGAGCAAGGAGAAGAGUCGGAGCGAGGAGAAGGGCCUCCGCAGGAGCAGGAGCCGAGGGGGGAGUAGGAGCAGGAGUCGCAGCAAAAGCAGGGACAAGAGGAAGGGGAGAAAGCGCAGUCGGGAGGAGAGCCGCAGCCGUAGCCGCAGCCGCAGCAAGAGCGAGAGGAGCAGGAAACGCAGCAGCAAGCGAGACAGCAAGUCGGGUGGCAGCAGCAGCAGCAGCAGCAAGAAAAAGAAGAAGGAAGACACUGACCGCUCCCGGUCCAGAUCCCAGUCCCGCUCUGUGUCCAAGGAGCGGGAACGUGCCAAGGCUGAGUCUGGCCCCAGGGAAGGCCGCGGGGAGAGUGAGGAUGCCGCCACUAAUCAGGAGGCCCGGUCCAGGUCCAGGUCCAGUUCCAAAUCAAAACCAAACCCUCCCUCAGAGUCACGCUCCAGAUCAAAGUCUGCUUCAAAAACCCAGUCUCGGUCCAAGUCGAGAUCCAGAUCUGCAUCCAGAUCCCCCUCCCGGUCGAGAUCCAGGUCCCACUCGAGGUCCUAACUGGCUAUGACCGCAGCUGGAACUACCCGAGAAGUCUUUUGUACAUGUUUGGUAGCCGUAGCACAAGUGAUUGAAGUAGAACAAACGUCACUGCUGUACAUUUUUAACUCCCCUAAUGGUGUGUCUACAAUUGUUAAAUCUAAGUGCUUCCUCUUCGUUAAGCCUCCUGGCACCAGGCCUGCCUGCCCGACUGAAAACAAUCUUGUCUGAAAACCCCCUUUACUCAUGGCCCACAGUAGAAUAUCCAAAAUGUCUGGGCUUUCAAGCCUGGCCUUUCCUGAAGGGAGCGCCAGUCCUGGCCAGCUUUAAGGCUGGAAUGAUGACAUAGGUAGGUAUGGUGAGUUCAGCCAUUUUUGCCCUUGAAUUGUUCCCCUUUGAUGUAUGCCAUUUAGUAAAAGUGCUAAGUCCUAAAUUUCCAACCAAUUUGGUUUCAUAUUUUGGGACUUAACAAAGUUGUGAAUAGCACAGUCUAGGACAAAUUAUACCUGCAGUAACUCUUAGGAAAUAAACUGUAGAGUUCCAUAUUCUGGUAUGGUAUUGUGAUUAUAUUGUUUUAUAUUUAAAAUAAAAAAGAAAAGAUUUUUUUUAAUUUUAUUUUUCCCCGUCUUGCAGAAGUAUAGUGACCCCUGUUUCCAUUAAAUUUGAAUAAAGACUAUUUUUGCUUGACAAGA